ACUAUGCAAGAUCAAAUUUAAUAAUUGAAGAACUUGUGUUAACCUAUUACUGUAUUAGCUUAUAUACUGAUGUAGUUUUUAGACUAUAGGCUACUUGUUAGUUAAUGGCGUCUAAACGGAAAGUAGACCACGCAGUUAAGGUCCUGGACUCGCUGCAGAAGCUACGAGAGGAAGGUUUUGAUUGUAAUUUUAUCAUCAAAGUUGGAUCGGAGUCCUUUCAUGUUCAUCGCAACAUCCUUGCUGCCUGCUCUGACUAUUUUAAAGCGAUGUUCUCUCACUGCACUAAAGAACUUGCAGAUGGUUAUGUUGAUAUGAAAAAGGUUGAUGAAGAAGGAGUUAAGCAAUGUGUAGAGUUCAUGUAUAGAGGUGACGCUAAUAUAACUCUUAAUAAUGCACAACAUGUUUUACACACUGCUGCUUUGAUGCAACUUCCUCUUUUAACUGAAAAUUGCUUUGAAGUUUUAUAUAAAAGUUUAAAUGAAGAUAAUUGUUUCCUCAUUAAACGUCUCGCUCUCAUGUACAACAGUGAACACACCAAAAAAAUUGUUGAUACAUUUUUAUUGAAGAAUUUAGAGAAACUUCUAGGUUCUGAGGGUUUUUUACAGCUUGAAAAAUCAGAUCUGAUUGAUAUAACCAAAAACCAAAGUGAGAUUGAUAAUGAAGUGCGAUGGAAAGCUUUAUCCUGCUGGAUAAAGCAUGAAGAGGAUCGAAAACAAUAUUUCUUUGAACUUGUUAAGAUGAUAAACUUUGAAAAAUUUGUGUAUUCAUUUUUGCUUUCAACUGUAUGGAUUGAUCCCUUAGUACAAGAAUCUGAUGAUUGCAAGCAUCUUGUUGUUGUGUAUUUGUUUUCAAAUCCUAAUGAGUUGCAAAUGUAUAUCAAUGCACAAAAUUGUUUUCUGCUCAAAGAAAUUGCAACAAAAUUCAAGAUUGAAGAUGCUAAAAUAAUGCUGAUCAUCGAUGAAUUCAUGCUACAAAAUUUUGAGCAAAUUGCAAGUGAAGACAAGUUUGAAAGUAUGGGCAGGGAUGAUGUUCUGCAUUUGUUCCAAGUUGUCAGAUCUUCACAUUGGCAUCAAGUUCACACAGAUAUCACCAAGUGGCGGGCUGCUGUUAAGUGGGUUAAACAAGACCCAGAAAACAAGAAAAAUGUUUUUCCGGAGUUGUUCAAAUGCAUUAAUUUUGAAUGGUUCCCUUUGAUUUAUAUAAAAAGCAAUGUUCGCACUGAACCUUUAGUCCAAGAAUCUCAUGAAUGCAAAGAUAUUUUAAUGGAUGUUUUAUGUGAAAAGGUUAACAAGUUGACAGAAAAUAACGUUUUUGAAAAUUCCUAUGGUAAAACUGGAAAACCUAAACCCAAGAUAGAAUCUGCUGAACUUAUUGUCAUUUUGGAUCGAAGGCAGAGAGAGCUUCAAGGGUUCAACAUCAGAGAUAAUGAGUGGCAUAAGUUAGCAGAUGUGCCCCAAGUGACUAACAAUGGUUUUAGCUUUGUAGUCAAUGUUGGGGAUGUUAUAUAUGUAAUACACAAUAAAAUGUUGUAUCAAUUACAAAAUGAUGCCACUUGGAAAAGGAUGGCAGAUAUUGACUUUAAACAUGACAGAAGCACCAAAGUCAUUGCUUUCAAAAAUCGCAUAUAUGUGGUUAGUUGUGCGACUCUUGCAGACUAUGACACCUUGGCAGAUGAAUGGACAGAAUUGGUUCAGCCAGACAACUUCCGAUCUGGUUUCUGUAUCACAGCAACUAGGGAUCAUAUUUAUGCCAUUGGUGGCUUUCCAUAUACAAAUCAAAUGAAAAGAUACACACCUGAAAAUAUGUCAUGGAUGUCAUGUGAACAAAUGCGCUUUGCAAGAAGUAAUGCUUCGGCAGAAUUUAUAAAUCCUUUCAUAUAUGUGAUGGGAGGUCGCUGUGAAGAAAUGAUACUGAGUUCGUGUGAGCGAUAUCACAUCGGCCUUCAGCAGUGGACAAAUAUACCAGUAAUGAAAUUGCAACGAAGCAAUUUUGCUUCUUGUGUUCUUGAAGGAGAAAUUUAUGCCAUUGGUGGCCAUGGUACUAUAGAAUAUUAUGACACUGAUGAGAGUGAAUGGGAGGUUUUAUCUGCAAUUGGUACAAGACCUUAUGGAAUUACUGCUUGCGCAUUAAGUUGUUGGAUAGUUGAACACACAGUUCGGCCCCUUGGAAUUUGUCGAAAAAAGUUGAUUUUGCCAUGAAAAAGAAUAUGAGACGUUGUGUAGAGAUUUUUAUGAAUGUGUAGCUGGUAGUUUACUUUCAUGAUGUAGUGCAUAAAUAAAACUGUCUGUGCACAUUUUGCAUGUGGUAUGAACUGUAUUAUCACAUCUUGUAUAUAAAGCUGAGACCUUCUAGUUCUUGAAUGUGAAGUUGAACCCGUUGCACUGGUAUCAGCAUGCAAAGUUCAAACCAAUCUAAGCUGGGAUCACUAACAAUCUUAAUAUUUCAAUUUUAAUAUAAACAUCUUUAAAUUGUUUUGAAAUUUAGCUAUUUUGUUAUUACUUUUCUUACAUUAUUAGGCCUACAUCAUAAAUACCACAAUAUUAAAACCUGGGACUAAUUUUUCCACUCUUGACGAACAACAAAAUUGGUCAUAAUAUGCGGGCUUAUUAUUGAAGUGGGUCCUCAAAAGCAUAAUUGAAAAUCACAUUAAAAAAUUCAUUUAGUUGGAUUUGUGAAUUGUGUGUUAGAAAACUGGAUAGUAGCCUAUAUGUUCCAACUGCUGGACUUUUCUUAUAACCUCUUGCAUUAUGUUUCACUGCUUUUCAAUCAUGUUUUCUUUACUAUUUCAUACUUUUUAAAUGUUCCGCUAUAGCAAUUAUCGUUUUAGCAUUUGCUAGUUUUUAAUGAAAUGGUUGUUCUGCUUUCAAUCUUAAUUAUUCACUUUUCAUGUCGUUUGUAUUAUCUAUUGUAUUAGCAUGAUUGUAAUUGCAAAUGUAAGCCCGUUUGGCAAUAUAUUUUUCAGUGAGACUCUGUUCAAAUGAUAAGCUAGUGGUGGUUUCAAAUGCAGAAACCAGCAAUUAAUUUCAAGCAGUUAACUCUUGAGUGAUGUAUAGGAAUGGAGAUGUCGAUUACCUUGGGAAGCCUGGAAGGUCCUCUUCAAUGUUAUUGUGUAAUGCAUACUUGGAAACACCUAUUAUUUUUUUGUGUGUCAGUGUAAAUGUAAUUCAUUGCUCGUCUUAUCUCUGAUGUAAAUAAAAAGUAGUGAAUUGCUUUG